AUGAAUUUAAGACAAUUUGGAAAUGCUUUUAAACAAGCAGUAGCAGAAAAAUUAGCAGAUGGUGUGCUCAGUCCGGAAAGAGCGGCAAGGAUUUAUCCUCGCAAUCAGGCCGCAAAUAAGGCCGCUGGUUCAACAACUUUAUUAGACCGAGGCACUGAUUACAAUUUUGGUAAUAAUCCUAAUGAUAACAGAGGUAGUGGAGGAAAUCCUUUUAAUACUAGUUUAAGCACAACAGCGACGGGGCAGGGGGACAAAGAACUUCCCAAAAUUGAUGUUGCAAUAACGCAUGGUCCUAAUGGUAGAAUUAAUCUGAUGGACUACUUUUUGCCCAUGGCUAUGAGCACAGUGAAAUCUGAUUGGAUGGUAAUAACAACCUGCUGGCCUCGUAGAGUGAUGGACAAUUUUGAGGAAGUCACCGAUCAUACCACCAAUAUUAAUGCGUGGGGAGUGAACGAAUUUUUUCGUGAUAAUUUACUAGCCACUAAUCCUGAGGAUAAACAACUCGAUUUAGGCAUUGCUCGGCAUGAGCGUUUAAAACCACGUGAAUGCCAAGAAUUACACCGGCUCGGUUAUGACCCAGAAGACCUUUUUGAAGGUGGACAACAGCCUUUUGGGGCUGGUGGAAACAUUGGUAGUCCUGGCCAUGUUAAUGAUUUAUGGCAAGAAAAUGGGGAUUUUAAAUCUUUUAACCCCGCCGACGGAACUGACCUUGUUGACGAAAUCGUGAGGGAUGGGGACGAUAUCAAAGUUAUUAAUCCUCUUACCGGUGAUUUUACCAAUCCGGUUGGUUUUGCUGGGAUUGAUAAUUUAGCCCGCAAAGACGCGUUGUGGGAUACAGUAGGUCCCAAUGGUGCCCACACGGCUCCUGUGGUUUCCCGGCUUGGUACUGCAGCAGCUCACGGUCUCGGAAACAGUGCAGCUCACACGGAUCUAGAUGCUGAUACCCCUGAAAAUAACUACAUCAUUGACCAGUUUCUUAAUGCCUAUUUACUUGAUGUUGAUGAGGCAGUUCAGGCUUAUAAUAAUGGCUGGAUUUAUGGAUUGGAAAUUAAGUAUAAUGAUGAUGUACUCGCUGAGCUAUUAGUUGAUGCCGAAUUAGUUAUGAUUGAUAAUGCGGCCGAUUCGUUGACAUUGACUGAUGCUGUGAAAAAAAUUAAAAAAAAUCGCUUUCGGGAUGCGGUGCGAGCUGCCGCAACCGGUCAAGCCGCGGCUGAUUUUGGCACGGUGGAUGCUCCGGUGCCUGACAGCGACUUCAUUAUUGGCCAGUUUAAUCAUGACAAUAUUACUCCGGCCGAAGUGGUAGAUGCCUAUAAUCAAGGCUGGAUUUAUGGAUUGGAGUUAAGAAUCGAUGGUGCCGAUUUACAAGCCAAAACUACGGCUUUACAACUUAAUUACAGUGGAGGACAUGUUCAGUAUGAGCGGACUUUUAUUAGAAAUUUCCAGAUACAACUAGGUACCACAGCGAAUGUGACCGAGGCAGAGAUUUUGGCUUACAGCGGCAAAAAUAUCGAUUCCACCCAAGCCUUUGCUUUAUACAAAGGCAGUCCCCAGGUGCUUGGUUCUGAAUUAAGCAAAGGAACCAAUAAUGACGAAGUUAAAUAUAACAAAAAGGAUUAUAAGAUUACUGAUACAGCGGGUAUUAUUGCCGCCAAAAAAGCCAAAAUGGAUGCGGAUGCUGCUGCUGCCCAAGCUGCGGCCGCCUUAGCCACCGCUAAAACUGCGGCAGAAAAUGCCAUUAAGUCAUCCCAAAAAGAAACUGGCAAACCAGAAGUAACCGAUGCCGAAUUAAAUAAACAGUUAACGGAUAAUAAUGUUCUCACGGGAGCGGCAAAAACUUGGUUAGAUUAUGUAAAUGGCAGCGGAACGGAAACGGAGGUAAAUUCCCGCCGGGACCAAGUUCUCGCAGCGAUUACGAAAGUUCGUACGGCCAAAGGACCGACCUUUGAUGCGGCCGCCGCUCGGACUGUGGCGAUUACGGGCGUCAAAGCCUACUGGAAAACUAAAUCGAACGACCAAACUGAAACCGGUACGGUUAAUAGUAAAAGCCUAGCCGAGGAGUUUGCCGACAAGGAUACCCAAAAUGACAUUGAUAGUAAAAAAGCUGAAUUAACCGGUAAAAUUGAUGCCGAAAAGGCUAAGGAACCAAAGGAAGAAGGACCAAAACCAGAAAAAAUACCGACUGAGAAAAUAGAAAAGAUAAUUCAAACUAUCUUUGGUGAGGAGUUGAAAACCGAAGAAGAUAUUCAAAAAUUCUUGGAAGAAAAUGUGAAAGGUCAGGAAGAAGGGUUAGCGGAACAUUUGGAGGAAUUACCUGAUAAACUCCCAGUAAAGGGUAAUUCAGCAAAGGAAAAAGUUAUUAGUUUAUUAACCAGCCAAAAAUCCGACACAGUAAUCAAGGUGGUGUUUGGCCAUAAGUUAAAAGAUGAGAAUUUUAAAAAGGAAGUAGAAACUGAAAUGGAAAACAAGAAAGACAUUGAUGAAAAUCGAUUAAAUGAGGAAAUUUAUUCCAAAGAAAAUGAAUUACCAUCCAGUAUCUCGGCAGACUUUGCUCUUACUUUGGCUUUGCCUAUUUCCCAUAAAACUAAGGGUAAUCCUCAAGCAGUCGCCCAAGAAAUAAUAAAAAUCACUGAUUGUCCCAAUUUAGAAUAUACUAUUACCGAACAAGGUUAUAUUAAUUUUCGUUUUCCAAACAAUUAUUAUCAGCAUUUUUUUGCCGAAACAUUAGCCCGAGCAGGUCACAAUCUCCAAGGUAAAAAAAAGGAUAUUCGGAUAAAUAUUGAGUAUGUUUCGGCUAAUCCGACUGGUUAUCUUCAUUUAGCCCAUUUUCGCCAUGCGGUCAUUGGUAAUACGCUGGCUAAUGUCUAUCAGUUUUAUGGUUAUCAAAUAACCCGUGAAUAUUAUAUUAAUGACCGCGGGGGACAAAUAACUUCUUUAAUUAAUUCGGUUUAUUAUUUUUACCAUCAAUUGCAGGGUGUUACUCUGGCAAAUUCAGACAAAGUAGAGUACGCAGGCAAUUCUAGCCGAGAGGUCGCUCAAAAUUUAAUAGAAAGUUUAUACCAAAAAAAACAGCAUUUAGAUUUAGUUCAGGAGUUAAAAGAGGAAAAUUUAAUUUAUAACCACGAGGGGGCGACUUUUUUCCGUAGUAGUUUGGCAGGGGACGAUAAAGACCGCGUAAUUAUUAAGCAAGACAGUGAUUACACUUACUUUUUUUCCGAUAUUCUUUACCACCAAGACAAGUUAAAAAGAGCCGAUAAAUUAAUUAACAUCAUGGGAGCCGAUCAUCACGGCUUUAUUAAUCGCUUAAAGAGUUCUUGUCAAUUGUUAGGCCAUAAAUCAGAAACUAUUCAGAUAAUUUUGGUCCAAAUAGUUAGUUUGCUUACCAAAGAAGGAGAUGCGGAAAGGUUUUCUAAAAGAGCUGGGAAUACCAUUGAAUUAGACGAGGCCUUGAAAUAUAUAGAUAUGAACCAGUUAAAGUUCUUUCUGCUUGAAAAGGAGCCCAACCAGCCCCUUUCUAUUAAUGCCGAAUUACUAAAAGAAAAUAAAGAAAAAACUCGUCUUUAUUACAUUCAAUACGCCCAUGCUCGCUGCCACCAGAUACUUCACAAAGCCCAAGAAAAAGUCAAAGUGAAAGAAUGA